AUGACUUCACCCGUCGUUCUAGUCACAGGUGUUACCAGUAGUCUUGGAAAAGCUAUUGUUCGCCGUUUAGCAUUUGCCGGCUACAGAGUGGCCGCAGCAGAUCGAUGUGCUGGCUCUGUUAAUGAAGUUACAGCAGACAAUAAGAAGGUAGGCGGUGAUGUCACCGGUUUUGCUGUCGAUGUAGGAGACAAUAGUCAAAGAAGUGAGCUAAUCUCAAGAGUAACUAGUGAGUUGGGCUCUCUGGAUUCGCUAGUUGUUGUGCCUCCCGACAAUGACGUUCGCGGGGAUAUCAUGGAUACAAGUACAAUGCAGUUUAACAAGGUAAACGGUGAUGGAUCGGGCGCAUUUUGGGACUCAACAAAGUUAGAUGAAGGUAUGCAGCAGUUGCAGUCAAUGAUACCUCUCGGCCGGUACGGAAGACCAUCGGAUGCUGCGUCUCUUGUGCAGUUCCUUCUCUCCCCGAAAGCAAAGUACAUAACAGGUGAAAACUGUGUGCUAAAUGGAGGUGUUUCUUUCAGACUUUAG